AUGAUUGGCUCAGCUGUCCUCCUGCUCUCAGCAGCAAGUCUGGGAGCUGCCGCCCCCCAAGCGAAGCCGGUCGAGGCCACCGGACAAGAUUUGAUCAUCAAUGGCCUGAAGCUCUAUCCCGAGAAAUGUGUAGUCUAUUCGGGUGAACUUACAGUGCCGGGCAAGGAGCAGCGUACGGUGAAGAAUCCGCUGCUCUGCAGUCAACUUUACGAAUCCAAUGUUGCCAUAGUCGACAAGGAAAAGAAGGACAUUGCGGGCACCAUCGACUUUGAAGGACUUACGAGAGAUCCAGUCUAUCAUGCAAGCGGUGUGCUCGUCGAGGGCGAGUUCUUGUGGACUUCCAUCAACACUGGUGCUGCGUUUGAGAGCUUUGGCGAGAACAUCAAUGGCAUCAACUACGCUAUCAAGUAUGACUUGCAAAAUCACAAGGAGGUAUGGCGGGUUGACGUUACCACUCCGGCAAAUGGAAAAUUCGGAGGCACCCAGGACUUCGCCGUUGAUACUAGCGGCAACACCUUCGUCGUGGGCACUUACCCAGGCCAUAUCAUCAAGAUCACCCCCGACGGCAAGACGGCCUCUCUUUGGAAUUCGAGCAAUUCUACCAAGUCUACCCAGACAGGCUACACUGGCAUAGUAUCCAAGGGUGAUAUUUUGCUCGUGACCAACGAGCAAAACGGUGGCGAAGUGCUUCGCUUCGAUAGCCGCGAUGAAAAGGGCAACCCGACUGUCGUUGACACAGGCAGCAAGAAGCUCAACAAGGGCCUAGAUGGCGCUGCUUUGGUAAAUAUUGGCUCGAAUGAGUAUCUCUUGGUGGCUACCGAGGACGGACUCAAAACGGUUGCACCAGCGGAUGAAAAAUGGGAAAAGGCUGAGAUACUCGAACCAACAGAACCCAUAAAGAGCAAUGACGUGAAUGGAACUAUUACGAUAGCUUUGCAGGUGGAAGAGAAAAUCUACGCAAUCAUUGAGUAUUUUGGGGAUAAUAGGCCUGGGUCUGAUGGCGGUCUCUCUGGCGACCGAGAGAAGUGGCCAUUCCAGGAUAUCACCUCCCAGGUUACCGCAUUAACCACGUCAGAUAGGAAGCCACAAUGCUCAAGGGGCGGAAUCGCCAGGGUUAGAUACUAG